AAAAAUAACUCUUGCACGCCUUGCGUACCUAUGUUUGUUGGACAGUACCCUUACCAGUAAAAUGCAAUUGAUGGAUACCCUUUGGAUGUGGGAGUCUUUUCAUUUUGUCAUGCAAUCCACCAGGCCUUGCCCAGACAACUAUAGUAGUUGGCCCUGUUCAUUAUAAUCUUCCCUUAUUCACAAGAACCUUUUAUAUGCAAUGUACUAGUUGAGGAAAUUAUCUUAGGUUCCUUUAACUUAGUUUCUUGCUUUUGAAACUCCCAUUCCUGGUUGGUAGAUUGGCCUGUUUUGUCUAUUUAGCUCGUAGUACAACUUUACCUAUUGGUUAACUUUGAAACACUGUCUUACUAUAAAAGUCUGCAAAACACUUCCCAGGGAAUUGUACUAGUGCCCUUUGCACAAACAAGUAGCUUGUAGCAAUUAUUUAGUUUACCUUCCCUCCUUUCCUUGGGAUUGGAAUCAGUCCUUGUGGUCCAGUGACUUAAGCCUGCCUAGCACCUUCCCCCAAGCAUUUGGUAUUUCUUGUGUCUUGCCAUCUUGUACUUGUCUUAAUCUUUUCUGAUCCAGUCCCUCUGGUGCUGGUGAGAUAGGAAAGGCUCUGCCACAGGGUUGUGUCUCCCUUCAUUACACCACGUUGUUUGUGUAUUUUGUCCCUACCAUGUUUAUCUGAUGGUGUGACAUUCUAAGCUUACUAUUACAUCUGGAAUAGUGACAGUUAUUGUUACAUAAUUUAUUCAUCCAUAUACCUACAUUUCCUGACUUAAUGAUAUAUCUAAAUUUUAAUAGUAUUUGCAACCCUGACUUUGGGUACCUAGCUACCAUACAUUUAUUUAGUAAUUAGAGCUACUUAUGAAAUGACUUUUUCUUUUGGUACUUUGUUACAUAAUUGUAACAAUGAAUGCAUGUGCAAUGCACCCAAUCUGAGUUGAUUUAUCUAAGGUAAUUGAUCAGCCAACUCACACUUUCAGUGAAACUUUCCUUGUCCUCAAGGCGUGAAAGGUUGACAAAUCAAUUUGAUUCAUCACUGGUUGUCAAGUCAUGUGAGACAGUGAAAUGUCAGCUGCAAGAAAGGAGGAUAGUUCAAUUCAAGUUGAAUUAAGCUGAUUCAACAACAUUUUCAACCCUCCUUCUUUACCACUGGCACUCUUUUAUCAAGUGGCCUUCAUAUCAAAUUCUGUUACAAUGGGAUGACUUCAAGAGAAAGGGGGGAUUGUUUGAGUUGAAUCCUAUCAUUCCCCUCUUAGCCAGUUGCAGAUUUUAUUCAGAAUUUCUUUCAAAUCAACUUCCAGUUUGACUGGAUCACUUCAAUUGAGAUGAGUCACAUAAGGUUAUCGCAAAUUGAUUUUUGGUAAGUUGAAUCAACAACAACUGUACACAACUCAAUUUGGGUAUAUUGGAUAACCCUCACAAAUUGUAGCGUUUCCUGAUAAGCAGUGUUGGCUGUUAGAUCAUUGUGUCUUAGCCUUGUCCCCUUUUACUAAAAUUUGUAGCCAUUCCUCCAACAGUGCUACCAUUAGAUGAUAGAAAGGUUCCUUGCACUAACACACAAACAGCCAUGCCCAACAUGAAAUCUGUAAGUGUGGCUCCAGUGCAAUCCUCCACAAACAGUGUUGACAAUGUGGACAGCAUGUCUCCUGAUCAAGUUUUAAAAGUAUCUCCCACUGUGGAACCUGGACCAAGUGAGAUGUACCCCUCUGCUCCUUCAAAAUCCGAUCACAACGAUGUAGUUAAAGAUUUGAAAGAAUUCCACUCAAACUUCAUGCUUAGCGAAAAACCUACAAAGAAGACUAAAGAUGUCCAGCCACAAUCAGCUGACAAAGUUGAUGCAACAGCAGCUAAGACAGCAGCCUCACCCAUUCCUGAAACAAUACCUCUAGCCUCUGAUGUGCCAAAAACAGAUGAAAAAAAGAGUCCCAAGACUGUUGAGCCAGCUGACAGCAUUUUAUCCAAAUCCAAACUGAAUCCAUUAGCAAAGGAAUUUAAAUUUACUCCUAAAUCCCAGAAACCUUCCCCAUCCCCCCAGCCACAGUUUGUCAAUGUGGUUGCGGCGUCACCCUUUUCACCCACGUCAGUCAGGGCUCCUUUAGGUGCAAGCCCUUUUCCACAUCCACAACAGGUGAUGAUGGUAUCACCACAACAGUUUAAUGUGUACAGAGGGAAACAGCCGUUCAACAAGCCUGCUAGAGGUCAGUCAUAUGGUGGUCGUGAACAAGGAGAAUCACCACCUUUCAUUUCAGCAGCUGCUGCAACUGGCAGCCCAAUUAUAGCACCAGGAGUGGGCACGUUUCCUCCUCAACAGGUGUACCAAAUUCCAUCUCAUCAGCCAGUUGCUUAUGUGCAGUCACCUGCAGGAAUGGUGCCGUCGCCACAGCAGAUGAUGCAACAGUAUGUAGUACCCACAGGACCUACAAGGUUUAUUGCUCCGGUGUCAUCACCAGCAGGUGGUGCUGCUGCUGUGCCAAUGUCACAGGCAUACCAGGAUGGUUCACCUGUGCCAGUGUAUGUUACUGGUAACAUGGCAGCAAUGCAAAGUGCUGGCACUCCUCAGGGUCAACCUCAGCCCAGCCCAUCUCAACAGGGUCAGUUUAUCUUCACACCUGUUCCACAGAUGCCAGGCCAGCCUCAGGCUACUGGGCCUCAUCAGGGACAAGUUACUCCUGGCCAAUUUGGUCAAUCGCCGCUUGUUUACAUCCCUCAAGUGACACCUAAUGCCAGUGCACCGACCUCAGCUUCAUCUUCUGUGUCUUACAUGCAUGGAGCCUUCCAUGGUGACAGGAUACAGUGAAAACACGUGUCUACGGAAUAUGCCGCCUGCUGUCGUUACUUACACUGUGUUUGUGAAGAGUUUUACAGAUGCCAACAAUAGAGAGAGGAGUGAGAUUACUUCCUAUCCCUCCCCUUCCUGUUGUAUUUAAAAAUUGCAGAAGCAAAUAAAGUAUUUGUUGGUUUAAAUUUUGA